AGUAGAUCGCCAGGCCUUUCUUCUGAGGCACCACUGGAUGGAUUCAAACUGUUUUUUAAGUUGCUUUUAACGAUUUUAAGCUGAGGAGUGUCAUGGUCAGGUUUGCUUUCAGAAAGAUCACUGUGGUAGCCAGUGCAGAGAAAGAACUAGAGAGUAUAACACUGGAGUAAGGGAGGCCAGUGAGGCUUCUGGGGAUAUUGUGUGGCACCAGACUGUGAAGCCUGAAUUAGGGAGGUGAUAGCAGAGAUGGGGGACACAGAUAAUGCAAUAUAUUAGGAAUUAAAAUCAGUAGGAGUAAAUACUUGGUGGAAUAUUGUGGGAAGAAAGGAGGGAGGCAUAGUCAAGGAUGAUGGUCAACACUGAUUAGCCAUUCUGCUUCACCCUUGCUCCAGGAUGUAUAAGGUAGACCUGUCAGCAGAUCCCAAGGAGUUGGCAGCCAUUGAGGCUAGAAAAAAUCGAGAAAAGGAGCGACAGAGCCGAUUCUUCAAUGUGCGGAACCGAGUCAUGGGGGUGGAUGUCGAAGCACUAAACAGCCAGGUUGUAGAGCGAAAACUUCGGGAGGUAACGGAGCAGAGCAGGGAUGCAGCUUAUGGUACCAACCACGUGCAGUAUGAUUUAGUAGCACAAAUGCUAGAGAAGGAACAAGCAGAAAGGACACGUCGGUUGGCCAAGAAAAUCCAGGAGUUUCGGGAGCAGAAGCAGCAGCUCAAGAACAGACGUGAAUUUGACCUUCGGGAUCCAGACGGACUUCGGAAGGAGUUUCCAGCCUGCCUUGGUGACAGUGAUCCUCACUGUGGCCCAGCCAGCCUCCAGUGCUUCUCUGGGGAGGAUCUGGACAGGGCUACAUGCCUGAAAAUGCAGCAGGACCAGUUCAGGUACAGCCUGGAGAGGCAGCUGCAGGAGCAACAGCGAGCCAGAGUUGAUGAGAAGUGUGCAGAUAUGCUUAAUGACCAGCUGCACCUAGGCAUGGACAUGCGGGCCACCUACCUGGCCAAGUUGGAGGAGUCCUGUCGAAUGGCCAUGAUGUCUGCUGUAGCCAACGUCAACAAAGCCCAGGUAGCUGAGCUGGCUGAGUGGCAGCGCCGUGAGCAUCAACGCGAACAGGAGGCCAACCUUGUGGACAUCCAGAACCAGAUCACAAGUGACCUGCUGACUGAGAACCCCCAAGUCGCCCAAAACCCUCUGGCUCCCCACCGGGUCCUGCCCUAUUGCUGGAAGGGCAUGACUCCAGAGCAGCGAGCUGCUAUCAGGAAAGUCCAACAGAUGCAGUGCUAUGAAAAGGAGGCACAGUGCCAGGCCGAACAAGCACUGGAUGCUCAGUGGGAAAGCCAGACCAUGCUCUCCGCCCAGGCAGCAAUGGAGCUGGAGCAGCAGGAGAGAGAACUGUGUGCUGAAUUUCGGAGGGGGCUGGGCUCCUUCAACCAGCAGCUGGCUAAGGAGCAAAAAGCCCAGCAGAAUUAUCUGAACUCAAUAAUUUAUACCAAUCAGCCUACAACCCAAUAUCACCUACAGUUCAAUACCAGCAGCCGCUGAGCUCAGGAUGGUCUUCUCCCCCUUCUCCAAGCUCACAGAGGGCUAUGGGUCAAAGAGGAAAAUAGUGCAUACCCCCACCCCUAAUCCAUUCCCCAGUGGGAGGGCACUGAGCCAGUAUCCCCACCUUCUACCUAGGUAAUAAAGUUAUUCACUGAAAUCAAGGACAUGUGUUGUGAUAAGACACAAAGGUGUGAGGUACUGCUUCUCCCAUCCAACCCCAGG